GCGAGAUCGCAUGACGCGACGAGUGCGUCAGACGCCAAGCAAGGUCGGUCAGCACAGACAAGCCGAGGCCACGGAGGCGGCUUGGGAGUCCGACGACGACGAGUUCGGCGACGACGACGAGUCCGACGACGAGUUCGACGACGACGACGAGUCCGACGACGACGACGAACGAGCGCCGUCGAAGCGCCAUGCGGCCAUGACUGACUCGGCGUUCGACGCUCUCGCUUUGCGCUGGUCGCUCGCGGCAACAGCGGCAAGUGGACUAACGCCGAGUCCCGAGCCUACGCAGCCCUAG